AUGGCAGCUCCCAGCUUAUCCUAUCCCACACCUAAUCAAUCGUAUACCAAUCCUCUCUUCCCUGGUUGGCACUCGGAUCCCACCUGUGCCUACGUACCGGAGCAAGACACCUUCUUCUGCGUCACAUCCACGUUCAUUGCCUUUCCCGGUCUUCCUCUUUAUGCAAGCCGAGAUUUGCAAAACUGGAAACUGGCAAGCAAUAUCUUCAAUCGGCCGAGCCAAAUUCCUGAUCUUCGCGUCACGGAUGGCCAGCAGUCGGGUAUCUAUGCGCCCACUCUCCGUUACCACGAGGGUAAAUUCUACUUGAUCGUUUCGUACCUGGGUCCGCAGACUAAGGGCUUGUUGUUCACCUCGUCUGAUCCGUACGAUGACGCCGCGUGGAGCGAUCCGCUUGAAUUUGCUGUACACGGCAUCGACCCGGACAUCUUCUGGGAUGACGAUGGGACGGUCUAUGUCACGUCUGCCGAGGACCAGAUGAUUAAGCAGUAUACACUCGAUCUGAAGACGGGAGCAAUUGGCCCGGUUGACUACCUCUGGAACGGCACCGGAGGAGUCUGGCCUGAAGGCCCGCACAUUUACAAGAGAGACGGAUACUACUACCUCAUGAUUGCAGAGGGAGGUACAGAACUCGGCCACUCGGAGACAAUGGCACGGUCUAGGACCCGGACGGGGCCCUGGGAGCCAUACCCGCACAACCCGCUUUUGUCGAACAAGGGCACCUCGGAAUACUUCCAGACUGUGGGCCAUGCGGACCUGUUCCAGGAUGGGAAUGGCAACUGGUGGGCCGUGGCCCUGAGCACGCGGUCAGGGCCAGAAUGGAAGAACUAUCCCAUGGGUCGGGAGACGGUGCUCGCCCCUGCGGCUUGGAAGAAGGGCGAAUGGCCCGUCAUCCAGCCUGUGCGAGGCCAGAUGCAGGGGCCGUUUCCACGACCGAACAAGCGACUUCCUCGCGGUGAGGGCGGAUGGAUAAAGCAACCCGACGAGGUUGAUUUCAGGCCCGGAUCGAAGAUCCCGGCGCACUUCCAGUACUGGCGGUAUCCCAAGACAGAGGAUUUUACGGUCUCUCCUCGGGGCCAUCCGAAUACUCUUCGGCUGACACCCUCCUUCUACAACCUCACCGGAACUGCAGACUUCAAGCCGGAUGAUGGCCUGUCACUCGUUAUGCGCAAACAGACCGACACCUUGUUCACGUACACUGUGGAUGUGUCCUUUGAUCCCAAGGUCGCCGACGAAGAGGCUGGUGUUACUGUUUUCCUUACCCAGCAGCAGCACAUCGAUCUUGGUAUUGUCCUUCUCCAGACAACCGACGGACUGUCGUUGUCCUUCCGGUUCCGCAUUGAAGGGCGUGGCAAUUACGAAGGUCCUCUUCCGGGAGCCACUGUGCCUGUUCCCAAGGAAUGGUAUGGACAGACCAUCCGGCUUGAGAUCCAGGCCGUGAGCGACACUGAGUAUGUCUUUGCGGCUGCCCCGGCUCGGCACCCUGCACAGAAGAAAAUCAUCGGCCGUGCCAACGCGCUGAUUGUCAGUGGUGAUACGGGACGGUUUACUGGCUCGCUUGUUGGUGCGUAUGCCACGAAGAACGGCGGUGCCGGGUCCACGCCAGCAUAUAUCAGCAGAUGGAGACACGAAGGACAGGGUCAGAUGAUCGAUUUUGGUCGCAUCGUCCCGAGCUAUUGA